AUGUCUACAUUAAUAUCCUCCAUUUCUGUUGUUGGAAAAACUGGCUAUCGUUUAUUUUCAUUACCAACGGUUGAUAAGCUUGAAGAAAUUUACGCAAAGGAGAAUGAAGAAACUAAAAUUGUUGAAAGAUUAUUUGGUAGCAGCUUAGUUGUUAUUGUGACCACCGCAAAACCUAAUUCUUUGAAAAUGUUGCAUUUUAAAAAGAAGCUAGACAUUUGCAAUUGUGUUUACCCAUCUGAUAUUCUCAGCGUUCGAAUGAAUCGUCAACGUUUGGUUGUCUGUUUGGCUGACAGCCUUCAUAUACAUGAUAUACGUGAUAUGAAAAUUUUACACUCCAUUGAAAAUGUUUGUCCCAAUGAAUUAGGUACUUUUGCACUGUCGUUAAAUUCUCAUUUAGCAUAUCCAAUUUCAACGACUUCAGGAGAAUUGAAAAUAUUUAAUGCAAAAAAAAUGAAACCAGUUAUAGUUAUAAAAGCUCAUGAAACCCAAUUAUCAGCAUUAAGUUUUUCAUUAAAUGGUAAUCUUUUAGCAACAGCAUCAGAACGUGGAACUGUGAUUAGAUUAUUUUGUACACAAAAUGGUCAUAAAGUACAUGAAUUUCGCAGAGGUGUUAAAAGAUGUGUUCGUAUUGCAUCAUUAAUAUUUAGCGGAUGCGGUGAUUAUUUAUGUGCCAGCUCAAAUACUGAAACUGUGCAUAUAUUUAAAAUAAAUCAAAAAGCUGUAGAGGCAAUUGAACGACGUAGCAUAAUUAAUAGUAAAACUAGUAAUAAUGAUAAUAAUAAUUAUUCAUCUAAGACAACAAAUGUUACAGCACCAUCAGACCAAAAAUCAGAUAGUAAUACUACAACAAGCAAUAAUCCUUCAACAUCAUCAGAAACUGAAAAUAAUUCUAAAAGUACUGAUUAUGAUGAUUAUGAAUCAACUUGGUCUGGUUAUUUAACAAAAACUUUAACAUCAUAUUUACCAAAUCCAAUGUAUGAUGUAUUUAAUCAAGAUAGGGCAUAUGCAACAGCCCAAUUACCCCAACCAAAUUUACGACAUGUAUGCGGUUUAACUAAAAUUGAAAAAGAAUUAAAAUUAUUGGUUGCAUGUGAAGAUGGAUUCCUAUAUAUAUAUGAUUUUUGUGAUACUCAAGGUGGUCAAUGUAAAAUGAUUAAAGUACAUGAUUUAAGAUAUCCCCUGGAAGAUGUAAUCGAAUUAACUUUAAAUGAUGGAUCUCCAAUACGAGUACGUAAUGCAUCACCAUUAAAACAAAUAACUUAUGCUAAUAUAUUAAGGGGAACUACGGAUCAUACCAUGACUGGUGAGUAUUCUGAUAAAUAUCGCAAUUUAUGUGAUGCUAUUGAUACACCGGCUAAAAUUUUUGAUGAUGUCCAAUUUCCACCUGUUACUACUGCUUGUGAAUAA